AUGCCGACCACUGUCCGUGUAGUCGGUGCCUCCAUGAUGCUACUUUGCAGCUACACCACCGCCACCGCCACUGAUGAUUCUUUACAACACCGCCGCCAAGUCCAAUGUCCUCGAACUGAACUGGUUGAUCCGAACCAUUCCCCUCCACCGUAUGGCACCGCACACACCCAACCCAGACCUAGCGACCGCCAUGGCGCCGCCGCCGCCGCCGGCGCUCCCGGACGAGCUCGUCGAGGAGAUCCUCCUCCACCUCCCGCCGGACGACCCCGCCUGCCACCUCCGGUCCUCCCUCGUCUCCAAGGCCUGGAGCGGCGCCGUCUCCGGCCCCGGCUUCCGCCGCCGCCUCCCCCAUGCUCGGCCUCCUCCACAACCAGGCCAGCGAGCCAACCCGCUUCUUCACCCCCCGCCUCGCCCUUCUCCUUCGCCGCCCCGGACCACCGCUCCUGGCUGGCCAUCGGCUGCCGCCACGGCCGCGCCCUCUUCCUCCCCAAGUGCCACGACGCCAGGGAACUCCUCGUGUGGGAGCCAAUCACGGGCGCCCAGCACCUCGUGCCUGUGCCCGCGGCGUCGGAGUGCCGCUACUUGACUGCGGCGGUGCUCUGCGCGGCCGAUGGAUGCGACCAUCGCGGCUGCCUCGGGGGCCCUUUCCACGUGCUUUUCGUCUUCCCCUACGAGGACCACGGCGAGUAUGGCACGUUGGCGUGGGUGUACUCGUCGGAGACCGGUGCCUGGGGCGAGCCGACCUCGACGCGCGACAAGUUAAUGGGAUGCAUACAAUAUUCAUGCGUUGUGGUUGGCAGCUCUCUGCUCUACUUCGUCUUAUACGACUACCAGGAGAGUUGGUCGAUCCUGGAGUAUGAUCUGUCAAGCCACUCCCUGACUGUGUUCAUUGCACCGGACAACCACUGCGACUGCCUGUAUAAUCUCGUGCUCACAGAGGACGAUGGGCUGGGUGUAAUCCAACACUUGCAUCCACAUCUCAAAUCUCAAAUGGUGGGCUUUGCUGAGGGAGCUAAUGCCAUUAUCGUUAGUACAAUUUCUGGCCUCUUCGCAAUUGAGCUGCAAUCUGAGCAGGUGAGGAAGGUGUGCGAUCAAUGUUGCUUCCUUGAUGUGGUUCAAGUUGUCACCUUCUACACUCCUGUGCCCCCCGAGGCAACCACCAAAAUCUGUUGCUGUCGAAGCCUGGUGAGGAGGCAGGUGGUGAGGAGUGUGUAGAGGAGGAGAAAACAGUAAAUCAGGCGCAACAACUGGUCGACCAUGGUUCCAAUGCUAUCAAGGAGGGGGACUUUGUCAACACUUCCGAAAGCAUCUGCCACGGCCACUAUAUCAGACGAAGCCGCUCCACCUCCUGCCUCUGUCUUCCAGCUCUGCUCCAAAAACGAUGCUCCCAAUCUGCUUGAUUGAUUCUUCUGCGGCAGCGCUUGAUCUCUCCUUUCCUCCAGUCUUGGAAUAACGAGGCAGCUCCGACUGUCAGUUUUACUGAACGCAAACAGCUUCAACGUCCUUGCAACGGCGCUGACAUGAUCAGAGGAUGACCUUCAACCUCUUUCCAAGGCCUCCUCGAAAAGAUGUACCGCCAGCUCCUUGUAGUCCUCCUUGAAAAGACUUGGGUACUAUACUUCUGUAUCAAAAUAUGAGUUGUUUUGAUAGGCUAUUUUAGUCUAAAAAUACCUUAUAUUUUGAUAUGGAGGUAGUAACUCUCUAGCUACAAAUUUACUUUGCCAUUACAAUUGAACAAUCACAGAAUUAGCAAAAGACGAACGAGUGCUGUGUCUUAAUAAUAUACUUCGAUACAUAUUACUACAAGUAAAUAACAAGCUGGAACUGUCAUGUUCUGAGUCGCACAUUAAUUUUGCAAUAACGAAUUGGUAGGUUCAUGAAGAUACGGUAGAUAAGUUGUAAUAGAAAUGCAGGAUACACACACAAUGGGGUACUAGAAGGCAUCUUCCGAUAUCAUCGAAGGAAGAACUAAGUUCAUCAUUUGAACUUGAAUGGGCUGCAGAAUACUUUCGUUUCUUUGCCUUGGCAGAGGAUCCUGAUGCCUCGUUGAAUAGCAUCCUGAAGAUCAGACAAGUUAGUGCUGCCUGCAGUUCUCUCACACCAUAUCUUCACCUUGCUCUGCCUUUUCGUGUGAGUCAUGUUUAGUUGAAACCCUUGGGUUUCAUCAGUGUCAAAUCCUGCUAGUCUCCUUAGAUGGAGUAGUGUCUCUAGAAGCCUCAGUUUUCGAUCUCCUUCUCGAAGGCUUGUAACUAAAAGCGCUCCCAAGACUCGGACAUUUUACAAGCAGAAGGUUGUCUAUGUACUGUAUUUGAGAUGAUCAUCUCCCAAGUCGGCACAUUCUUCAAAAUUGUGAGUUUUAUGUUGAAAAGCGCAGCUAGAGAACAUACUUUCAGCAAAAUGGUAAGUCCCACAGGUUCUAUAAAAGAGCAGCAGCAGCAGUCAUUGUGUUAGAAGAUGAAAAAGAGCAGGAGUAGGACUCGCAGGUGAUCAGACAGCCUAGCUCUCAUGUCUGAUGAGAGGCGCCAUCAGCAGCAAGCCGCACAGGCAC